GAAUGCGCCUGCGCGGCAACCCAUGUCUUCGUUCUGCCUCGUGUUUCUUCUCUCUCUCUUUCACAUCAACAAAAAUGGCCACCAGACCACUCGUCCAGGUCUUCAAUGACCAAGGUGAAACCUCCGGCGAGCAGGCUCUUAUGCCUGCUGUGCUGAAGGCACCUAUCAGACCCGAUGUCGUCCACUUUGUCCACACCAACAUGGCAAAGAACCGUCGCCAACCUUAUGCAGUGAGCAAGAUGGCGGGUCACCAGACCAGUGCAGAGUCUUGGGGUACUGGACGUGCUGUUGCACGUAUCCCUCGUGUGUCUGGAGGUGGUACUCACCGUUCCGGCCAGGGAGCAUUCGGAAACAUGUGCCGUGGUGGACGCAUGUUCGCCCCCACCAAGAUCUGGAGGAGAUGGCACCGCAAGAUCAACCUGAACCAGAAGCGCUUUGCCACUUGCUCAGCUCUGUCAGCUUCUGCUCUUCCUGGUCUUGUCAUGGCCCGUGGUCACCGCAUCCAGGAGAUCCAGGAAGUUCCCUUGGUUGUAAACAGCUCCAUUGAGAGCAUCUCUAAGACCUCCGCUGCCGUUGCCCUGUUGAAAAGCCUUAAGGCAUAUGCUGAUGUAGAGAAGAGCAAGGACUCUCGCAAAAUCAGAGCUGGAAAGGGUAAAAUGCGCAAUCGCCGUCAUACUCAGCGUCGCGGACCCCUGAUUGUCUACAGUCAAGACCAGGGUGUUACUCAGGCUUUCCGCAACUUGCCAGGAGUUGAGCUUGCCAAUGUUGAUCACCUCAACCUUCUUCAGCUUGCUCCCGGUGGACACUUGGGUCGCUUCAUCAUCUGGUCUAAGGGUGCUUUUGAGAAGCUUGACACCAUCUAUGGAACAACCAGGAGGCAGUCCAUCAAGUCUAACUUCAGGUUGCCACGCCCCAAGAUGGUCAACACCGACUUGGCCCGCAUUAUCAACUCCGACGAAGUCCAGCGUCAGCUCCGUCGUCGCCGUCCCAACGGCCACCGCGCUCCAUUGAAGAAGAACCCACUGAAGAAUGUGCAGGUUAUGAUCCGUCUCAACCCGCACGCAAAGUCUACUCGUCGUGCCGAGCAACUUCGUCAAGAGCGCAACCGUGCCAAGAAGGCCGCUGCCAAGAAGAACUAAUAAACUUUUUGUUUUUCUUUUAUCAAA